AAACCCUAACCACAAUUCUAAUUCCAGCAGCGCCAUGCCUUCUCGCACACUCGACACGCCACUCAGGAAUUAUUAACCAUGCCUUUCUCUUCAAUGUUUGUCCACAAUUAUUUGAAAUUGGAGCUCAGAGCCAUGUCUCUGGCCCAUCUAACGUGUCCACCAAAGUCCUUCUCCAUUGCCAAAACAUACCCAAGGCUCCACAAGUUGUGCCCUGUAAGGGGUUUUGCUUUUGCUUGCGCUUCUUCUUCUUCUUCUUUGUCCUCCUCUUCUGUUGUGGUGAGGCGCAGUAGAAAUGCUUCUUCUACGUCUUCUUUGCCGCGUAUUUACCAGCAGAGUUUUGGGUAUGGAAGGUUUGCUUACGAUGAGUACGUGUCGGAGGCGGAGUCUGAUAGUGACUUCCAGUCUUCUUCUAAGCAAUUGUGUGCUUCGACACUUGAUAAUGUUGAAGAGUGGAGGUGGAAGUUGACCAUGCUUAUGCGCCGCAAAGAUGAGCAAGAGGUUGUGUCAAGGGAGAAAAAGGACCGGCGUGAUUUUGAGCAGCUUUCGGUGCUUGCUACAAGAAUGGGACUGUACAGCCGUCAGUAUGAGAAAGUAGUUGUGUUUAGUAAAGUCCCGUUGCCAAAUUAUAGAUCAGAUCUGGAUACCAAGCGCCCCCAAAGGGAGGUGAUGAUACCAAUGGGGUUGCAGAGGAUGGUAGAUUCUCAUCUCAGGGCACACUUCUCUAGAAAGGCUGUGAAUAAGGAUAGCUUUGCGCGUGAUGCCUUUUCAAUGUCUAACGCGGGUCAGAGCCUGUUGAUUGAUGAAGGAUUUGAUGAGCAAGAGGAGCCCUCAACCCAAAGUGUUAUUGCUGAGAGAAUUCGUAGGCGGAGGAGCUUACAUAUGCGCAAUAAACAACUAGAUUGGCAAGAAUCUCCAGAAGGCCAGAAGAUGCUGGAAUUUCGAAAAAGUCUUCCCUCAUAUAAAGAGCGAGACACAUUAUUGAAUGCAAUUUCUCAGCAUCAGGUGGUGGUUGUUUCUGGUGAAACUGGAUGUGGAAAAACAACACAACUGCCUCAAUACAUCUUAGAGUCAGAAAUUGAGGCCGAUGGGGGAGCUGCAUGUAGUAUUAUCUGCACUCAACCCAGACGAAUAUCUGCUAUGGCAGUUGCUGAGAGGGUUGCUGCGGAGCGUGGUGAGAAAAUAGGAGAAUCUGUUGGUUAUAAAGUUCGCCUAGAGGGAAUGAAAGGGAGAGAUACACGGCUCCUUUUUUGUACUACUGGAAUCCUUUUAAGGAGAUUAUUGGUUGACAGAAAUUUAAAAGGCACAACUCAUGUCAUCGUUGAUGAGAUUCAUGAGCGUGGAAUGAAUGAAGAUUUUCUUCUAAUUGUGCUGAAGGAUCUUCUUCCUCGUCGACCGGAAUUGAGAUUGAUCUUGAUGAGUGCAACCUUAAAUGCUGAGCUUUUCUCUUCCUAUUUUGGUGGUGCUCCAAUGAUCCACAUUCCUGGUUUUACAUACCCUGUUCGGAGUCAUUUUCUGGAAAAUAUUCUAGAAAUGACUGGCUAUAGGUUGACACCAUAUAAUCAAAUUGAUAACUAUGGUCAAGAGAAGAUGUGGAAAAUGCAGAAGCAGGCUCUAAGGAAAAGAAAGACUCAGAUUGCUUCAGCUGUUGAGGAAGCUCUUGUGGCUGCUGAUUUUAAGGACUAUAGCCCUCGAGUUCGGGAUUCACUAAUGUGUUGGAAUCCUGAUUCCAUUGGCUUUAAUCUCAUUGAGCAUGUGCUCUGUCAUAUUUGUCGCAAAGAAAGGCCUGGUGCUGUGUUGGUGUUUAUGACUGGUUGGGAUGACAUAAAUUCUUUGAAAGAUCAGCUUCAAGCUCAUCCUCUGCUGGGAGAUCCAAGCCGAGUUCUAUUGCUUGCAUGCCAUGGUUCCAUGCCCAGUGCAGAGCAGAAAUUGAUUUUUGAUAAACCUGAAGAUGGAGUCAGGAAAAUUGUUCUUGCGACAAAUAUGGCCGAAACAAGUAUUACCAUUAAUGAUGUAGUGUUUGUGGUUGAUUGUGGGAAGGCUAAAGAGACUUCAUAUGACGCUCUAAAUAACACUCCUUGUUUGCUUCCUUCCUGGAUCUCAAAGGCCUCAGCUCGCCAAAGGAAAGGCAGAGCAGGGCGAGUUCAACCAGGCGAGUGUUACCAUCUGUACCCGAGGUGUGUGCAUGAUGCAUUUGCUGAUUAUCAAUUGCCAGAACUUCUGAGAACACCUUUACAGUCUCUCUGUUUGCAAAUCAAGAGUCUACAACUCGGAAGCAUUUCAGAGUUCCUAUCUAAGGCCCUACAAGCUCCUGAACCUCUAUCAGUUCAGAAUGCUAUCGAGUACUUAAAGAUGAUUGGAGCUUUAGAUGAACGUGAAAAUCUUACAUUGCUGGGACGCAACUUAUCAAUGCUUCCAGUUGAGCCAAAGCUUGGAAAGAUGCUUAUAUUUGGUGCUAUUUUCAACUGCUUGGAUCCAGUAAUGACCAUUGUUGCUGGCCUGAGUGUCAGAGAUCCAUUCUUGAUGCCAUUUGACAAGAAGGAUCUUGCUGAGUCUGCAAAGGCCCAGUUUUCUGCUCGUGACUUCAGUGACCAUCUUGCUCUAGUCAGGGCUUUUGAGGGUUGGAAAGAUGCUGAAAGGGGGCAAUCUGGUUAUGAAUACUGUUGGAGAAAUUUUCUUUCAGUGCAAACUCUAAAAGCAAUUGAUUCCCUGCGGAAGCAGUUCCUUUAUCUGCUCAAAGAUGUUGGUUUAGUUGAAAAUAUUGAGAGUUGCAAUGGAUGGAGUCGCGAUGAACAUCUCAUUCGUGCAGUUAUAUGUGCGGGUCUGUUCCCAGGGAUAUGCUCUGUUGUGAAUAAGGAGAAGUCUAUAUCACUAAAGACAAUGGAGGAUGGUGCAGUGCUUUUGCAUUCGAGUUCUGUGAAUGCCCAAGAAACCAAAAUUCCAUUCCCAUGGAUUGUUUUUAAUGAAAAAAUGAAGGUUAAUUCAGUUUUUCUCCGUGAUUCAACUGGUGUAUCUGAUUCUGUGGUUCUGUUAUUCGGAGGACACAUUUCUAGAGGCGGAUUAGACGGCCACAUGAAAAUGCUGAGUGGAUAUUUGGAAUUUUUCAUGAAACCUGAGUUGGCUGCUACAUAUCUGAGUAUGAAGAGAGAGCUUGAUGAACUUGUUCAGAGAAAGCUUUUAAAUCCAAAGUUGGACAUACAGUGUCAUGAGGAUCUUCUCAGGGCAGUGAGAUUGUUGGUCUCAGAGGACCAAUGUGAAGGCAGAUUUGUUUUUGGGCGUCAGAUCUCAACAUCAUCCAAAAAAACUAAAAGCUCAGGUCUGGCUAAUGAAGGUGGUGAUAAUGCAAAAUCUCACCUCCAAACUUUGCUUGGUAGGGCAGGGCAUCAGCCACCUUCCUACAAGACAAAUCAACUUAAAAACAACAAAUUUAGAUCCACUGUUGUAUUCAAUGGACUAAAUUUUGUUGGCCAACCUUGUGGUAGCAAGAAAGAGGCAGAAAAAGCAGCAGCUGCAGAGGCUCUUACGUGGUUGACUGGUGAGAGGCAACCAUCUGAAAAGACCGUUGAGUACAUGUCUGCAAUUCUGAAGAAAAGCAAGAAGAAACAACAAUCUACUGCAAGGUGGAAGUAAUUGUUUUUAGAAGCAUAUUUUAUAUAAUUGAUCAGUACUCCACAUGAGCAGUUGGUGUUCAUAUUUCUAUUGGUUGACCGGUGACUGUAGAUAAAUGCUUCAAGUCUGGAGAGCUCCAACUCUAUAUUUCAUAAGAUUCAGACCCCAUGGUCUUGUGUUAUUGGGGGCAGAAGACUUGUUUGGUAUACGGUUAUUGUUCUCCAUAUUCACAGUACUCAGCUCAUCGCUCCAAUCUGUUAUUGCAGCAGGCUGCCAUCAUUGUCUGUAUAUAUUACUCGCCUGUUGGAAGAAAUUUUUCGGUAGUUGAUUUUGCCAAACCAUAAACAGGUUCUUUCUCUCAUUGAUGCCAGGAGAAGUCAUGACACUUGCUUGAAAUCAAUAAUUUGGAGUGCCUGCUGAUUUCAAGCAUUUCAAGUGGGAUCUUUCUGUGGUUAUCUGAUCAUGAUUGGCGGUUUCUAUAUUUUCUGUAGACCUCAAGGUCCGUAACUUAUGGAAAGUGGAGUUGGGGUGAUGGAGGUUGUUUUGUAUAUUACUAGAGUUGGAAAAAGAGUAACGGGUGAAGUGUAGAGAAUCAAGAAUAUUUAGCUGAUCUAUAAUUGGCAACUUAAUAGCUACAAUCAUAGAGUUGUACUUGCUGAUUUUGACCUUUGAUACGAGAAUAUGUCAGAAGAUUGGUUUUGGACACUGGCCUCAAGUAUGAACUAAUAACAGAGUUGUAUGUUCUUUGCACUGCCAAUUCGCAGGGAUUCAGAUUUGGUCGCGGAUGGUUGUUCGUCUAGCUGCAGAUGCCAGUAAUUCUGUCCGAUGCUCCAGUAUCCUUCAGCAUAUGUAUUUCAUGAUGAGAAGUUCUGGAGGAGGGCCACUUUCAAUUGCUUAACAUUUUAAGCAUUUUAACUUAUUAGAAGACUAGUUACAUUCCAACAGUUCUAAACUGGGUUCAGCUGUUACUUCUGUUGGGGGCGGUCUGUGAUGGUUUUUAGCUGUUUUUAGUGUUCUGGAAUCUUGUAGAGGUGAGAUGGAUGCUAUCUGGUGGUCCUGUGGAUGAUUAUAGAAUCACAUUCGAGAAUGUGAUUUUCUAAUCCUUUUCUAGAUGGCAAUAAGGGAUUUCCUUAUAUGAUGAACAACACUUAGGGGUGAUAUCAACUGACCAAGGGACCCAUCAAUAUAUGGAAGAAGGUUUCUGUAGUUAGUGAUGGUGGGUACGGCAUUUAGAAAAAUUAUAAUUUACGGUGAAGUACAUGUUAUAGUCAAAGUAGAUUGAAAACACAUUAUUUAUUUUUCAUUAGAUACUACUUUUUCACUGUGCUAAACAUUUAUACCAGGCAUUUAAAGUCGCCUCGUUCUUUCGAGUGCCUUUUUUAA